UUAUUUAGAUUUAUAUUAUUCUGUUAUGUCAAAAAGCAAUUUUAUAUUUAGCAAAUGGAUGAUACUUUGAUUGAUAAAAUGGAAAAGAGUAUUAUUUUAAUUGCCGGAAUUGUUGGCUGCUUUUGCUUGUCUCUUCUAUUGACUUAUAUUACAUUUUUUAUUGGAGUUUGGUGGAAGUUAUCCUACAAUGCGUAUACAUUGAAUUUUAGUUUGUGGAAAAUUGUUUCUAAAUUUUCAAGUUCUAAAGAGGUUUCUGUUUCUUUAACUGCUUCAAAACUGGAAUCAGUAAUUAUAACAGUUCGUACUGGCUUAGCUAUUUCUAUGAUUCUAUACGUGUUAUUAAUUGCGACAUAUGUUGCUUCAUUUUUGCUAAAACGACGAAACAUGCCAAUUCAUUUAUGGUCAAAAGCUCGAACUGUUCUCUUCAUAUUGCUUCUGUUAUCGUUUGUCAUAGUGAUUACGCACGCUGCGCAUUGUCCACCCAUCUAUCUAGUUGGUCAAAACACAAUGUCAUCUUCUUUAUCGUCAGGCUGGAAUAUGUGUUUAGCCGCUCUCUUUUUUGUCGCUGUGCCAGCAAAUUUACAUUUCUUCAUAGAAUUCCGGAUUUGGAGAUCGGAAAUCCGUAAAACGUAAAUUGAAUUACCUUCUUUCGCGUAUUUAAGUUAUUUUACUUGCAAAAUUUGCAAGUAGUACCCAGUAGUACCCUGUAAAGCAAGUAGUACCAAGUUUUAUUUUUUAUACUAUUUAUGUUUUGAUAAUUUUGUUAAAUAUUUGUAUAUAUGUAACAAAAAAAGGCACUGCUGGCAGUA